UGAAUCUUGUUUCCUUUCCAUCUCCAAAAAUUCUCCAACACAGCUUCCGCUCGCAGCCUCGCCGACGAAACUCUGGCCGUCACGUGAUAUCGGAACAACUCGGUCGCGAACAGGGAAAAAAAAACAAAUCGCGGUCGUGUGAGAGAAGGCAGAUCGUAGCGCAAUUGAAAAAAAGAAGCGGGCCGUGUCGAGGAGCUACUCUGGUCAGAUGAGAAAAGACGUUGAAGCCACUGCCUGAAAGGACCGAUAUCUGGAUCCAAGGCUGCCUAUCGUGGCGCCCAUUUAUCCUGUUGCGAAGGAGCGUGAGGGCCUCCUCGAUAGCAGGCGAGGCGGACCUUGGGGCAUGAAUCAUCAACCGGCCGCCUACACGCCUCUCGAGUCGCUGUUCCUGUUCCAGUCGCUGCUAUCCCACGGGGUCGACGGCGGGGCGUUUGCGCGCAUCUCCGAGCUUCUGAAGGGAAAUGCUCUCAUCAAGAGCGGCGACACAUACGAUGCUGCGCGUCUGAGCCCGGAGUCUCUGCAGCAGCUCUUCCUGCGGCUGUUGCGAGAUGAGAUCAAAGGCGAGGCGGAGGGUGCCGAUGGGGAGGGGGCAGCAGGAGGUGCUGGUGGUGGUAGUGGUAGCGAUGGUUCACGCAAGAGGAAACUGUCAAGCCCACCGUUGCCGACACUAAAGGAGGUGUACGAAAAUGUCGAUAAAAUUCCGAUCCUCGUAGAUCGAUUGUACGCACGCUAUCGAGACCAUACGGUGGGGCUGAUUCGCGAGGAUGAACGCAAGUUUGCGAUGCUACAGAGGGAGAUUCAGCUGUUGGAACGAAGCGAAAAGGAACGGCUUGCUAAAUUGGCGGCCAGCCAGAAUGUGACGCCGACAUUGGCUCCGCGAGAUCCAAGGACGGCGACAUCGACGACAACGACACCUGCGGCAGCGGCAGCGCAACCACAGGUACCGCCCUCAAAUGGAGCGACUCCUUCUCCAGGACAAACGCCAGCAGCGCCAGCGGGCAUUAGAAAGGGACCAGCUCCGAACACACAUGUCCCACCACCAAAGCCUCCCAUCUCUGGUAUUGCAGCACCAAAAGUGGCGCCACCCAGUCAGUUGGUGCCUGGAACGCCGCCCCCUCGAACGUCCGCCUUACCAAAACCGCCAAAUGGAGCUUCUUCUGUGCUUCAAGCACCUCCUGGGGCUCUUACGCAGUCAACCGCGCAAGUACUACAACCACCAUCUGCACAGCAGCCGCCAAAGCAAAUCAUUUCUCCUCGUCCAGAGACUGCUAUUCCACAGCCGCCGCAGCCACAGGCCGCUCCAGGGCCAGCAGCCCCUGGUUCGCUCAAGUGGGAGAAGCCUUAUCAGCCUCCACAGACAGCACAGGCUCCUUCAAGUGAGCAAUUCUCACCACCAGUUCCCCCUUCGACAAACAAUGUUGCUCUUCAAAAGCCUCCUCGGCCACAACCACCACAGCAACAGCAAACAUCACCUACACCACCACCGCAGCAGCAGCAGCAGCAGCAGUGGCAACGACAGCCAGUACCUCAUCCACAACAUCCAACUCCACAACAACAACAACAACAACAACAGUCACAUACCCAAUAUCCUCCACAACAACCACAACCUCCACACGGACAAAUUGCACCCUCACCGCAACAGCAACAGGGUCGACCAACCCCAGCAAAGCCUGUUCUCGUCCACCCUCAGUCUGUAGGACAGCUGGUUGCUCCUCUACAGCCUGGACCUCCUCGUCCGGUUGGGCCAGGCGCAGUACCGCAAGUUCGCCCGCCAUCAACAACGCCCUCAGCUACCCCAGGGCGCCCCAUUCAACCUCAGCAACAGCCCCAGGCCCAUCCUCAGCAGCAACAGUCACAACAGGGUCAACAAACCACUCCUCAGCAUCAGCAUAUUCAGAGAACAUUACCCGCCCAAACAUCUUUGCUGGCUCAGAAAUUUCAGUCCAGGGGCCAGAAUCAGCGUCCAAUUGCUUCCGCAACUACACCCAAAGGAACACCUUCGGUUUCCGCUGGUGGAUCUCCCAUCCCCAACAAGGCAGUUCCUGGAGCAACUGCGACGCCGCGAUGGCAGCCCGGCGCUUCUUCAGCGCAACACGGGGCUCGAGCCGCGACUUCUGCUUCUCCUGCGCCUAAAGAUAAGACAUUUAACUCGACGAAUGCCGCCCAAGUGCCGCGCCCAAUUCCAGAACAUGUGAUUCGGCAAGUUGCUGCUACGCCGCCUGUGAGGCGCCCUAGUCCAGCGUCUUCUAUGCCACGGACUCCAGCACCGUCCAGUCCUGUGUCCCUUAAACGAGGUUUCGGAACGAAGUGGGCAUCUCAGUCGACGCCGUCUACACCCGGUCCGAUAACAUCGGAGCCAGAGAGCCCGGCGUAUGAGCCCGUUAGCCCUCCUAUUCCACGACCUGUAGUCGGGAAGGACUCAGCCAAGGCAGUUCCAAAAUUGGCUGUGUCGAAAUUGAGUCCGAAAAUCGAAGCAACCCCCCCUGCGAAGGCGCCCCGCGGGCGACCUCCUCGAUCGAUGCAGAAAGGCCGCGGUGCGAGCGCAACUCCCUCUGCUACGGGCACGAGGAGAAGCCAGAAGCGGCUGCCACGCCACGUCUUCGUGAAGAGACCGGCGAUACCACUGCCGAUGAAAGCAUGCCAGGACGUGGCCUCCUAGCCACACCAAAUAGCCCUCCAACGCACGUUCUAUGGACCAGAGGAUUCACCAAGGUAUCCUCGUCCGCCCUUGAUCAGAUAUCAAGCCAUCGCGAUGCAAACAUGUUUGCUACCGCUCUGCGAGAGAAAGACGCGCCGAAUUACAGGCAGAUCGUUCUGCAACCACAAGACAUUACGUCCAUUCGUUCUGCGAUAAAGGCAGGUAACAA